UCUGACGGAAAUUGCCGUAAGAUGCCGAAGUAUACGGAACUAUUUGAGUGCUCAGGAAUUAUGUUUCUCUUCGUGAUCUGGAAUUCGACAGGUUGUGAAGUGGUUUAUAUUAAACUCUUUGCUGUUAAGCGAAACCGCAGCAGCGUUUAUUCAGUUACAACGCCGCUAGUUGCUCACUUGGGCUCGGGGGCAGGGCGCUUCUAAUUAUUUUUAUCCGGAAUGUGUAUAGAAACUGUGAUUUUUUUGUUUCUUUUUCGUCUUGGAAUUUGCAAUACAGUCUUCGCUCUAUCAACGGACGUGCUAUGGGUCAACUGCGAUACGUGGAUCUGCCGCCAGCCGCGUCUCAACAUCGAGUGCGACAAGUUCUCGCGGGUACUCAUCACCAACGUCACUUCCGGCGUAAACGCCGGCUUCGACCUCCUGAGCUUCGAUAACUUGCGACGCUCCUGCCUGGGGCUGUCCAGUUGCAGGACCAGCGACCCGCAGGUGUUCUGUAAGAACCACGACAAGUCACCGAGUUUGGGACAGAGCGUACAGUUCAACGUUAGUUACGUCUGCGUGCCAGAGUCAAUGAUAAACAAGACCUAUGAGAAUGAGUUUCAAACCUUUCGGGCACCCUCUGGAUUUAUAAUAAGCCUCAACUACCCGACGGAGACCCGCUACAGCACGUUUCGGUGGAAGAUACACGUGCCCGAGGGUUACUAUGUGCACAUAUUCCUGUACGAUGUGCUCACCAAGUCCGACAAUCCGAUCACGUGUAAGGGUGGGCUCCACUUUUCCUCGAAAUCCACGUGCAACUUGCGCUUCCCCACGUUCCCGAUUUGUCACACGCGCGACUGGGAUGGCGUCAUAAGCGCGUGCAGUGACGUCGACAUAUUUUUGCUUCUCGACACCAACAACGACGGAAUUCGAUUCUGGCUUUCAUAUCAUGUUGUAAGAGUUGAAGACCUAUCGCUGGUAUCCAUGUUCAAAAGGGACCACAUCUGUAAUUUGCAACUGCUGGACCAAUUUGAGUACAGGCCGCCGGAAGUACGUAAUGCGACAGACGCGACAACAGACGCACCAUACGAUGACGUCAUAGUGACGUCACCAGCCGGAGCAAAGGACGAGCAAGCGGACUAUGUAACCUACAUCGGCCUGGCUGUGGCGGUCUUGGUGUUGCUGGUGGUGAUAGUCGUAGCGGUCAUUUACGCCAGAUACCGGAUGUCGGCGGCGGUGAGCGCAAAGGACUCCGUGAUGAGCGGCCUGCCCACCUCCACCUCUCAGAACAACUGCAGCGACAUCCAGAAGCGGCCGCUGCCAGAGAGACAGAGCACUUCCGAAGCUGACGCGGUUGUCGGGCUGACGGUGCAAUCGUCCUACAGCGUGGUAGCCGACGAGGUGUCGCCCGAGUGCAGCGCCGGCGGCGGAAACCCGGUCUACUCGACGUACGCAGAAAUAGAGGAGUUCAGCGGCGAUAACAAGGAUAAGUCGAAGCCGCCACUCGCCAACAAGCGCUCCGUUGACAACUCGAAGCGAGAGCUGCCUGCCAAACCGAACGUCUACAAGUCCAUACACGUUGAGGUGGAAGACUCUGACGUAAAGGACGCUAAAACGGAAAAGAGUUCCGUGGCGAGUAAGAACGCGCGGAAUCAGGUAAAUGGCGGGGCCGUCUGUGGAUUACAUGUUCAAGAAGAAACUUUCCAAUGCGAGCAACAUUUACGCCGAGUGUGAGGAUGUGCCUAAAAAGGCGGAAAAGCCCGAGGGCGAGGUUCGGACAAAGGCGGAAAAGCCCGCGGGAGAGGUUCGGAAAAGGGCGGAAAAGCUCGAGGGAGAGGUUCAAAAGAAGGCGGAGAAAAUUGAGAAAACGUAUAUAGAUAUGUCUCACAAACGAUUCGUCGAGCCAGAUUAUGUUCCACACUCCCACUCAAAAGAUGCUCAUUCCAAAGCUGUUCCGCACACAAAAUACUCAAAAGACAAAGUAAACCAAUCUAAGAAAUCGAACGUCGGUGAAAAGCCCGUGAGCGAAAAAAUCCCGUACGCCGACAACGAUGUGAAAAAAACACAUCCGUUUCUUUGCUCUCAAGGUCAACAGAGAACUUUGGUGACCUCAGAGUCGGAUUCUGAUGACGACAUAUGCGUUGAAAAUGAAUUGUACGAACCGUUUGAAUCCGCGAAGGUUUAAUGAGACGUUGACAACCAUGGACAAGCGGCUGUAAACGAUCUCAAACUACAUCUUAAGAUGUAUUGUUCAUUUACGGCACUAUACUAUCAAGAUGUAAUAUAAAACAGCCAAUUAAUAGGUAAUCACUUUACGCCAGGGCUAAGUUUGCAAAGUCAGUUGCGUGGACAGUAUGAUAUGUUUUAAUGUACAUUGGGAACUAUAUUUAAAGUAUUGUGUCGCUGUGUAAAUAAUUAUUUGAAUAUUUAAAUAAAAGUUCAUUUAAAACAUA